AUGCGCAAAUCUAGCGCACCGAGUGAUAUCAAUGAUCCAGAGACAAAUACAGAGAAAAAUUCCCCGCAUCAUACCUCAGAACAACGCAGAUCAACUUCCCCGAAUCAUACCUCAGAACAACGCAGAUCAACUUCCCUGAAUCAUACCUCAGAACAACGCAGAUCAACUUCCCCGAAUCAUACCUCAGAACAACGCAGAUCAAGUUCCUCGAAUCAUACCUCAGAACAACGCAGAUCAACUUCCUCGCAUCAUACCUCAGAACAACGCAGAUCAACUUCCCCGAAUCAUACCUCAGAACAACGCAGAUCAACUUCCCCGCAUCAUACCUCAGAACAACGCAGAUCAACUUCCCCGAAUCAUACCUCAGAACAACGCAGAUCAACUUCCCCGAAUCAUACCUCAGAACAACGCAGAUCAAGUUCCUCGCAUCAUACCUCAGAACAACGCAAAUCAACUUCCCCGAAUCAUACCUCAGAACAACGCAGAUCAACUUCCCCGAAUCAUACCUCAGAACAACGCAGAUCAAGUUCCUCGCAUCAUACCUCAGAACAACGCAGAUCAACUUCCCCGAAUCAUAACUCAGAACAACGCAGAUCAACUUCCCCGAAUCAUACCUCAGAACAACGCAGAUCAACUUCCCCGAAUCAUACCUCAGAACAACGCAGAUCAAGUUCCUCGCAUCAUACCUCAGAACAACGCAGAUCAACUUCCCCGAAUCAUACCUCAGAACAACGCAGAUCAAGUUCCUCGAAUCAUACCUCAGAACAACGCAGAUCAACUUCCCCGAAUCAUACCUCAGAACAACGCAGAUCAGAGCCCUUGAGUGAUAAAAAUGAACCUGGGCCCGUAUCAGAACAGACUCCACCAGAUACCUCACACCAGCAGAAAGAAAACUCACAGAAUCAAAUGAAAUCAGGACAACCCAACGAAUUCCUGAUUUCACCAAUUCAACCAGCUCCGAGUCCACCAAUUGAACCAGCUCCGACUCCACCAAUUGAACCAGCUCCGACUCCACCAAUUGAACCAGUUCCGACUCCACCAAUUGAACCAGCUUCGACUCCACCAAUUAUAUCAGUUCUGAGUCCAUCAAUCACAACUGACUCUGAAAGUCAGCUCAAACCAUCACAGUCCAACACAGACCAAGCUACAUCAGGCCGACCAGACUCCGCCGGUAAAAGCAAUCUUUCGGAGAAAGAGCAACGACAGGUUGCAGACCUGCAAACACUAGACUCUGCCACACACGAUCUGCUUCAAGCCAGACUGCAGUCACAUCAGUGCCACAUGAAACUGGAUUCACAACUCCCUUGUACGUACCACAUACCAAACUGCCAGAGUACUCCCUGUGGGACACCUGGAUGCAGCACACACCAAGCUGAACUAAUUACCUGCAUCCACCACAGACCGCAAUGCCACUCUGAUCUAAAACAACUACAGGUCAGAUUCCAGCCUCCAUAUCAACCUACAAGAUUCCCGCAACCAGCUAUCGCUGAAUAUAACAGACAAGAAAAUUUUGGUCUCCCUUAUCAAAGAACCACGCUAUCAUCCAGGGAGCAGCAGCCACCAAUAGUCGCAGUUCGCAAAAAAUCAGAGCCCAAAAUUAUCCAGCCUGCCUGGCGUUAUUAA